AUGUCGAUCAAGUUUACAACCCUGCUGGCCGUUCUAAUCGCACUACUCGCCUGUGCACGGGCACAAGCAGAGCAACGCCAUAAACUAACACGUCCAGCGUACAGAUUCGCCCCGAAUCGACCAUACCUGGCUGGCAAACGGAUUGUCGGUGGAUUUGUGAUCAGUAUCUCUGAUGCACCCUAUCAGAUUUCGCUACAGUACGACGACGAUCAUAACUGUGGAGGCUCUAUCCUGAGUAGCAAGUGGAUCCUAACCGCAGCACACUGCAUCAACGAUAACGCACCCUCGAAGCCAACCGUGCGCGUAGGAUCGUCCGAACAUGCAUCCGGCGGAACGGUCGUACGUGUAGCUCGUAUUGUGCCUCAUCCUAUGCACGGAAGCAAGAACAACUACGACAUUGCCCUACUGGAGUUGAAAAACGAGCUUACGUUUAGCGAAAAAGUUCAACCCAUCGCACUACCGGAACAGGAUGAACCGAUCGAGGAAGGAACGAUGGGAAUCGUCUCUGGUUGGGGAAUGACACUGAGUGAAGCCGAUUCGAACGAUGUUCUACGAGCGACAAACGUACCGACCGUUAACCAGCAGGAAUGUAACAAAGCCUACCAGUCGUACGGUGGCAUUACGGAUCAAAUGUUUUGUGCGGGUUACAAACAGGGCGGUCAAGAUACGUGUCGACAAGAUUCGGGCGGUCCGUUCGUUGCUGAGGGUAAGCUGAUCGGCGUCAUUUCUUGGGGUCACGAAUGCGCUCUGGCAGGCUAUCCGGGGGUGUACGCACGUGUGGCAAGUGCGCGUGACUGGAUUCGUACGACUAGUGGAGUGUAGGAGCCUAUCCAGUAUCACAUUGCGUAGAUCUAAUUGUUGAAUGUCGUCGUUUUUCCUAGAACCGAUAUCUCAUGAAUAAGAAUUUCAAGAAUUGUAGACGAAAGUUAUUGGUAGAUAAUCAAAAUGCAGUCCGAUAUCAAUAAAAUACCAAAAACAAUGUUUGCUA